AUGAGGUUAACAACACUGUGUGUAUAUGGGACCCUCCUGGCCUUCUUGAGCCUCUCUUGGACCACAGGAAGCUCAGGUGAAGGAGACCUCCUGGGGGAUAAGGGAUUAGGGCCCUGCGCUGUAACUCUGCAACUUAAGAGGCCGUGCAGACAGGGGCAUGAUGAGGACUCGUGCCCUUACCUUUUCACUCUGCCACCACUGACUGUUCAUCUGCCAAAGCAGCUCAGCGAGCUGGAGAAGAUCGUGAAGGAUCUGCAGAAGCUGAAGGACAACGUGGAUCAACUGAGGCAGAUGUGUGCAGAUUGUACAGUAAGCCAAACAGAGCGAGAGUGUGGGACGCAAAGAGAAAGAGAGCAUGUGAAGCUGAAUGAGGGUACAGAUAGACAUGAGGAUAAGAGGAAAUGGGUGAAUGAGAGAAGUCCUGAGAGACGAGAAGAUUUUAGACAGGAGUUUGGUACAGAUGGGAUUAAAGUGGAAAAGACUAUGGAAGAAGAUGGUGUAUCUGACUCAGAAAAAAGAAAAAUAUUUGAAAAAAGAGGGAGAAAGAAAUGGGAAGCUGCAAGAGAGAGCAAUAAAGGGGUCAUAAAAGAAAAUGAGAAAGCAGAAAUGUUAAUAGAAGUGGCAUUAAAAGGUGGAAAAACUCAAAUAAAGGGGGCAAAUGCUAACGACAAAUUGGGACAGGCAAAGAUGCCAACUGCUGGUGGAAAUGGAAAAAUAGUGGAUAUGACAGGAGAAAGGGUUGUUUUAAAAAAUAAUGAAAAGGAUAGAAAGGGGAAUUUAAAGGGAGAUCAUGGGGAUAAAAUGGAGAGUGGAAAAGAAAGACAGUUGACCAGUGAUAACAAAAAUAAGGAGAAAACAGAAGAAAGUGACCGACACUUUGAUGAAACAAGGGAUACGGACAAAAAUAACCAAACUGAAGUAAACAGGGGCAGUGAUGGAAUAAAGACGUCUGAGGACCACGAUGAGCAUACAAAUAAAGAGCAAGAGCAACGCUGGGAGGACAAAAAGAAAAUAGAAACGGGGAUAAAAGUGGAGCCAAGUAAUGAGAGACCAAAACAGACUGAAAGCAUUGGGCGCACAGAAAAAGAGAAGGCUAUAAAAAAGGGGGAAGGGGAGGAGGCGGACGGGGAGAUGGGCACUGAGAUCAAACCAGAAGGAGAAAAAAUGGUCCCGACUGUACAAAGAGACAGUGAUGAAGAAUUAACAUCCAACAGAGCAAUUGAACGGACAGACUUUGCUUCGACUUCACAGUCUACCAUUAGUGUAGCUCCAAGACAUGAUUCAAUAGACUCAAAUAAAGCUACAACCUUGACGCAAUUUCUUCCAUCUCCCCCACCUCCUUUGUCCAGUACACAUUUGAUCACAGAUGUCAAACAACCAUUGACGAUAGCUGCUCCUGGACUACCAACCCAAAGCACACACAUUGACGUGGCUCACAUUUCUGAGCACCCACAACCUUAUGCAGAGGCAGGCUUUAGGCCGACAAGUAGAAAAACCACAACAGCCACAUUAAGCACAAUGGGUGUUCCCGGACAACAAAUAACCAGGAGCACUAAGAGCUUCACCUCUACAACUAGUCCGAGAUCUGGGGCAGGUUUCCUGGGUCAAGUUAGCUCAACUGUGGCGACUACAACCACCUCAACUCCCAGUCGGAAUUUUCACACAACUACAUCCACAGGAGUAGCAGACCGCAGCCAUUUGACAGCAAAAAGGAACAUCACCUCACAUACCAAGACUGGAGUGAAACCUCGACCAGGCCAAGAAGCAAAGCCCCGUGAAAAGCAUAAACCUGGAAUUAAGCCUGAGGCAGGCCAAAAGCAAAAAAAAACAAAGAAUGACCAUAAAUCAGACAGUGCACCUUUGUCUGUCAAAAAAACAAAACAAGACCAAAAGUUUAAGACUCCUCCCCCAAAACCCACAGCUCACCCGAACCCCAAAACUGGCAAAGACCCUCAACGAGACCAAAGUCCAAAACCUGACCAGGGAAUGGUGAAAAACUAUACAGUGCCUAACUAUGACCAAGACCAAAAAAUUGUUCAAGAGCCAAACUCUCAUCAAAAGUCUACACCUCCUGUCCAGAGACGUAAAUCUCAUCAAACACCUGUAAUGGUAAAGGCAACUGGUUUUGACAAAGAUCCUUCGACUGAACGACUGAACUCAAAUCCAGGGAAAAAGCUCAAACGGCCUCUUAAAACUAACAAGCCAGACUCAAAGCAGAAACCUGAAAAAAAGCUGAAUAGUAAAGAAAAGGCAAAACCUGAUCUAACAUCCAUAACAAACCAACAUUUAACAACUAUUGAAGAGCCUGAAUCUGAAAAAGCAGAAACAACUAAGCUUACACCAAAACCUAACCAAGAGCCUAAAACAGAUUUAAUAGGAAAUUCGGAUGGAAAUCUCUCUCCUGAACCAAACUCUAAUCAAGACACAACACCAGCACAAAAGGUUUCACUUGAUCAUAUUAAUAUACCCUCUAAUCAAAAGCCUAAACCAGGCCAGAAAACGCCAAUAAUUAACCAAAACAGACCAAAAUUUUACCAACAACGUCCAGAACUUGGGACAGACAAAAAGACAAAACCAAAUUUGAAUCCUAAACCUGGCCAAACACUUCAAACGCCUCAGCCUGGCCAAAUGCCUAAUCUUUUACCAAAGUCUGUACCUGAUGAAAUACCUAAAGCAGAAUCCAACCAACCAUCCAAUCCGAGGCCCCCCGUUGCACACGGUCCGACUCUCAAGCCAGGAACAACAUCUGUUCGAAGGACAAAACCAGCAGUGCAAUUAAAGUCCAGCCCAAAGACCAAAACAGACUUAGAUCCUCAUAUCAUUGGAAGGAAUUCGGAUGGCAUCCAAAAUUCCCAAACUGACAUGCCACCUACAUCUGGCCCUGUAAAACAGACUGCUGGAGCGACUCAUUCUCUAGAAGCCACAGAGUUCAGUCCCAGCACCAAAAAAACUAUCACUCUUGGUCCAACGACCUCCAACAGCCUGGAGUCUGGCCGCUUCCCUCUCCUUCACGCUCUCCCCAAAGGCUUCACCAUGAGCCCAAACAGCAGGAUUACGUCUGAUCUGCAGCCACAAACAGCCGGACAACCAACACCGAUCCCAAUGACAACAAGACCAAACAAAAUCAUGCAUGGGAUCCUCCCAAGUGUUAUCCCUAGCACCAGUCCAGGAUCCACAAGGCUAAAACCAGCUUCCAAUACUGACUCCAGCUUACAAACUAAGAUACUUCACGGUGUUGAGGAAACAGCGCCCAGACAAAUUCCAGAUCCAGACCAAAUGUUGAUUCCAGUCUCUUCCCCCAGUGCCCAAACUACCUCCACACUUAGCCCUGAAUUCAGGUCAACAACCCCUGCCACCUCUGGCCCUGAGGCCCCGGCUGCCGAGUCUUCCACUCGCAGUUCACUUGAGUUGCUCGUAAAAAUCAACCAGGUGGCCGCUUUCCCCAGCAACAACCGGAGUCCAAACAGAAGGUCACAGGACGAUCGUCCAAAAGAUGAUCCUGAGGACAAGCAGGGAGGAAACCACAAACUACCAACGUGGAUAUCAUCUAAAGCCACCGCGGUGAGGAGAGACUGCUCGGACCACCUGCUCCGAGGAGGGACAACACGGAGCGGCGUGUACCUGGUGACCCCCGAGAUCCGCAGCAGAAGCUUCUCGGUCUCCUGUGACAUGGAGCAGGCCGGUGGCGGCUGGACCCUGCUGCAGCGGCGACAGGACGGCAGCGUGAGCUUCAACCGCACCUGGGCCGAGUACCGGUCGGGCUUCGGGAAGCUGGACGGGGGCGAGUUCUGGCUCGGGAACAACAUGAUCCACCUGCUGACGCGGGACCGGGACACGGUGCUGCGGGUGGAGCUGGAGGACUUCGACGGGGUGAAGGAGUACGCAGAGUACGAGCACUUCAAGGUGGCGAGUGAGCGUCUGCUCUACCGGCUGACGGUGGGGGGCUACUCCGGCACCGCGGGGGACGCUCUCCGCUUCAGCGAGACGUACGAUCACAACAACCGGCCGUUCACCACCCCGGACCGGGACAACGACCGAUAUCCAUCCGGGAACUGCGGCGCCUACUACAGCUCCGGAUGGUGGUUCGACGCCUGCAUGGCCGCGAACCUCAACGGGAGAUACUACCUGGGGAAGUACACAGGUGUGCGGGACGGGAUUUUCUGGGGCACGUGGCAUGACAUCUCGACAGAGUAUUACCCCACCAGUGAGAGACGGUCAUUUAAAAGCGUCCGGAUGAUGAUCAGACCGAAAGGCUUUGCACCAUGAGCUAUGACUCUGCUUUCAUAUAAUAUAUUAUUAAACCUAUCAUUCCUUCCAUGCAGGUGAUUUGCACCAUGAUCACAAUACUGCCGCCUUGUGGUGGGUUAAUUUGCAACCUUACUGUUUACCCUAAAGGUUAAUAUGACAACAACUGAGGAUGUAGAUUAUAAUCCCAAUUACACAGUAUGUUUUUUAAUCGUCUGCUAACGUCAUUUGAGAGUGUUCAAGUUGUUCAAUGACGAGAGAGAAAUCCUCUUGCAAAGAGUUAUUUUUCUAAGAUUGUCUGAAUCUGAUGGGUAUGAAGCAACAGAGAAUUAUAUUUUUUAUUACAGUACUGGAAGGCCAGUCGAUUUUCCUUUUAUGUUUUAUAAUUGUGAUUUGUUUUUUGUUAUAGAUAAAUAAAGAGUGUACAUAAAUUA